AUGGAAACCUAUACCUCUCCUAUCCAGUUGAAGCUCAUGAUAGACCCGCUGCAUCAAAAGGUUUUGUUUGCUGAAGUGGGCAAGGAUUUUGUGGAUUUUCUAUUCACUCUUCUGCCUCUGCCUAUUGGCACAAUCAUUGGCUUACUCAACAAAGAACAUGGCAUGGUUGGUUGCUUGGGAAAACUCUACAACAGUGUUGAAAGUCUCAGUGGCACAUACUUUCUAAACUCUGAUCUUGAUAGAAAUGCUAUUGAUGAUGAAUCCAGCCACGAUGAAUGGGAUGAUGAUGUCAAUAUAAUGGAUGUAUCAAGCGACAAGCAAUCAAGUGAUGACAAUGAAUCAAAUGCGAAUAGUGACUUCUACAUCUGUGUGUCCUGUUUGAGCAAGAGCAGUGCCAAAGAACGGGUAUACUAUGGCACGGACAACUCUAAAUCCAUCUGUCCAGGGUGCAAAGCAAUAAUGUCGACCCCAGCGGCUUAUGUUGCUCCACCGCUUACUGAAGAUGAUAUAUCCAUCCGUGAGGGAUCAUAUGUGAAAGAUGCUGUUACUUAUAUUGUAAUGGAUGAUUUGGAAGUGAAGCCCAUGUCUGGCACUUUGGUUAUGGCUGUGCUAAACAAGUUUAAUGUUAAGGAUGUCAGUAGCCUUGAAGAGAAGGUGGUUCAUCUUGGCAACGAAGAGGGUCUGAAGUUGCUUAAGGCGUCCCUGCACUCUGAGUCAGCUCUCAGCGUUGCCUUCCUUGCAAGGAAAGAAAAAGCAGCUUGA